CACUUGAGAAAUUUUGGAAAACAUAAAGGUGUGAGGCAACUUAAGAUCAGUCAUCAUCAUUCCACCUAGAGACACCUACUGCUAAUGCAAGGACUUUGCUCCCUUUUUCCCUUUGCAAUUUUACCAUGGUCCGAAUUGUCACACAGAUACCAUCUUAUGUCCUGCCUCUAAAACUUAAAUAACGGUUGGAAAGCGUCCCACACGCUGACCCAAAGUCUCCGUUGAAACGGAUUGAGACCCGCGGGUUGUGAAACCUACUGAAGUGAGCGGCUGCGCCAGGACUCCUGGGACCCCGACCUCUACAGCUCGCAUGGGUAACCGCGACGGCGCCCUUCGACAGAAGCAGCCAACCGCAGACACGCCGAGGGAGGAAGGCUGCAGCCGUCUGGGCUCGGGAACUGGUCGGCACCCAGGCGGAAAAGCACGUGGGCUGAGCGGGAGCGCAGAAGAGUGCGCAGGUCAGAGCGCGGCGCGGUUCCGCGAGGUCUCCACGCCCGGCGCCAUGGGGUGCCUGCUGUUUCUGCUGCUCUGGGCGCUCCUCCAGGCUUGGGGAGGCGCUGAAGUCCCGCAAAGGCUUUUCCCCCUGCGCUGCCUCCAGAUCUCCUCGUUCGCCAACAGCAGCUGGACGCGCACCGACGGGUUGGCGUGGCUGGGAGAGCUUCAGACGCUCCGCUGGAGGGACGGCUCGGACACCAUCCGCCCCCUGAAGCCCUGGUCCCGGGGCACGUUCAGCGACCGGGAGUUGAAGACGCUGCAACAGUUAUUUCGGGUCUAUCGAGACAGGUUCACCUGGGACGUGAAGGAAUUCGCCAAAAUGCUGCACUUAGCGUAUCCCAUAGAGGUCCAGGUGUCUGCUGGCUGUGAGGUGGACCCUGGGAACGCCUCGAAUAACUUCUUCCAUGUAGCAUUUCAAGGAAGACAUAUCCUGAGUUUCCAAGGAUCUUCUUGGGAGCCAGCCCAAGAGGCCCCAGAUAUGGCAAACUCCGUCAUCCGAGUGCUCAACCAGAAGCAAGGGACAAAGGAAACGGUGCACUGGCUCCUUAAUGACAUCUGCCCCCAAUUUGUCAGUGGUCUCCUUGAGUCAGGGAAGGCAGAACUGGAGAAGCAAGUGAAGCCCAAGGCCUGGCUGUCCCGUGGCCCCAGUCCUGGCCGUGGCCGUCUGCUGCUGGUGUGCCACGUCUCAGGAUUCUACCCAAAGCCCGUGUGGGUGAUGUGGAUGCGGGGUGAGCAGGAGCAGCGGGGCACUCAGCAAGGGGACGUCCUGCCCAAUGCUGAUGAGACAUGGUAUCUCCGAGCAACCCUGGAGGUGGCCGCUGGGGAGGCGGCCGGCCUGGCCUGUCAGGUGAAGCACAGCAGUCUAGAGGGCCAGGACAUCAUCCUCUACUGGGGUGGGAGCCAUGCCUUCGUGAGCUUGAUUUUCUUUGUGGUCCUGGCGUGCCUGAUGUUCCUCUUUGCGCUCAUCAUAGGCGUUACCUUCCGGUUUAAGAGGCAGCCGUAAGUCUACCUUUCCCCUUUCCUCGACCUCUCUCCCCUUCAUUCGUGGGCCCCCUUUUUCUUAAUGGUCUUUCCCUUUCUAUUCUCUCACUGUUCCUAUCAGGGCAUCCUGUGACUUGCCUUACCACAUCUGUGUCUCUGAAACCCAGGACCUCUGGACCUCAGGUUCCCAGGACUUCUGUCUCAGUUUGCUCAGGAAUUGAAGAUGAAAGGAGAGAUACCUUGAAAAAGCAGAGAACAGUCAUAAGGCAGCUCUCAUCACACCCUUUUGACAUUUAUCUAAAAGAAUUUAAAUUCUUUUAAAAAAUAUUAUACUACAAGUUUAUAAGCCAAGUGGCUCUAUAAAAUCAGAAGUGUAAACACAUGCAAACUUGUGUCUGAGGACCUACCAGGGACAAGCAGGUAAGGGCUGGGGUGUGAGUGUGUGUGAUGGGAUCUGCGAUGAACUGGACCGCACAUGUCCUAUCCAAAGGAAUCAGCUGCAGCUCCUUGUUGUUAAGUAUAAAGUCAGGACCUGGCUUGGCUUUAACCAUUUUUCAAGAAGACUGGAAAUCUGGAUUUUCAUGUGAAUAUGACUGAUUUUAAAAGGUUGACUCAAAUUUUUUCAAAACACUAUGUGGGACACCGCAUAUACGUACCUGCUGACUGAUGACAAACCCAGGAGUUUGUGUCUUUUUUAUAAAAAGUUUGCCCUGAAGGAGCAUCUCAGAAUAAGAUGGUGGUACAAUUUGCUUAUUUAAAAAAAAAAAAAAAGUUUGCCCUGGAUGUCAUAUUGGCAGUUUGAGGACACAGUUUCUAUUGUAAAUUUGGAUUUAUGACUGAAGAAGGAUAUUUCCUCUUUAAAAGAAAAUUAGGUUGUGAGAAAUAGAGGCGUCUCACAUUUUUACUUGGUGUAAUUAAUAAAUGAAGAG